GAAAUGGAGCACACAAGGAGAAAAACAGCAGGAGGGAAUCUGACUAUUAUGAUGGAAUUCUUCCUCCUAGGAUUUUCUGACCUUCCCAACUUUCGAGAAUUUUUGUUUGGAAUUUUCUUUGUAACUUACAUGAGUAUCCUGAUAGGAAAUGGUCUCAUCAUUAUAAUAACCAAGGUGGAUGCAGGUCUCCAAACUCCUAUGUAUUUUUUCCUUGGGAACUUUUCCUUCUUAGAAAUCUGCUACGCAUCAGUCACUCUUCCCAGAAUGCUGACAAAUCUUUGGACCCAAAAAAGAAACAUAUCUUUCCUGGCCUGUAGCAUACAACUUUGCUUUCUCCUCAUUUUGGGGAAUAGUGAAUGCUUUAUCUUGGGCGUGAUGGCAUAUGACCGUUAUGUGGCCAUUUGUAAACCUCUCUACUAUGCUGUUAUUAUGAACCAAAAGAUGUGUCUUCAGCUGCUGAUUAGCUCCUGGAUUACUGGGAUCCCAGUUCAGAUAGCACUGACAUGUCAGAUCUUCUCUUUGCCUUUCUGUGGUUCUAAUAAACUCAACCAUGUUUUCUGUGACAUUCCCCCGUUACUGAAGCUGGCAUGUGGGGACACCUCCAAGAUUGAAUUUUCUGUCUAUGCUGAUGCAGUGUUAUUUGCCAUGGUUCCCUUUCUUUUGAUUGUUGGUUCCUAUGUCAAAAUCAUUGCCACCAUCAUGAGGCUCCAAUCUGCCACAGGAAGAUACAAAGCUUUCUCCACUUGUUCCUCCCACCUCAUUGUUGUAGGCUUAUUCUAUGGGUCUGGUAUUAUUAUGUAUUUGAGACCCAAGUCCAGCUACUCAGCAGGAACAGACAAAGUGUUCUCCCUUUUUUACACUAUUGUGACUCCAGUAUUUAACCCUUUGAUUUAUAGCCUAAGGAACAAAGAUGUCAUUGCUGCACUAAGGAAUUUAGUAACUAAAUGGCUAACAUCAAGAAGCAAAAAUUAG